UCCGCGGAAGAUACUUUUAGAGGACAUCUUGCACAGAUCACGAAAACUGCUACGGAAUAGCGGGAAUAUUCCUCACGUUGAUCUUUCUCUCUGAGACAUGACGGAUACUGAAUGUCAUGGGCAUAUUUCCGAUCUGGUCUGCGUAGGGUUCGGCCCCGCCGCCCUGGCUCUUGCAAUAGCUUUCCUUGAAAAGAAACGCGCAUAUAUCGUAUGUGAAGUGCACUCUUACACAUCAUACACACUCCAAAGUCCAAGCAUUAGGCACGAGGAAAACCGCUACCCCUAGACACCAUAACAUUCAUAGAAAAAAGCUCGUCAUUUCAGUGGCAUCCGGGCAUGCUCCUGCCAGGCGCAAGCAUGCAAAUCAGGCGAGUCUUGUGAACCUUUUUCUCCUUUCAUGGCGAAAUUUACAGACCACAGCUUCCUAAAAGAUCUAGCCAUGCUACGAUCGCC